AUGAGACUGCCCUCUCUUACACUGGUCAUCUGCCUUGCUCAAUAUGUGGAAUGCUUCCGAAAUGUGACUGUUGACCUUGGCUACUCACAGUAUCGCGGCCAAGCCCUCGCCAAUGGCAUUGUGCAAUGGUUAGGAAUACGCUAUGCUGCUCCUCCUGUGGGUUCAUUGCGAUUCGCUGCGCCCCAGGAUCCAGAGAGAAAGGAAGGCAUUCAGACUGCCUUGCAGCAUGGUCCCUUGUGUAUACCCACCGAUCAGUACCCCAUUCCAGCUGGGACAUCCGAAGACUGUUUAUUCCUUGAUGUGUACGCUCCCAAUAGGGGAAGGAAUGCAUCGAAGCUGCCGGUCUUUGUCUUUAUUCAGGGAGGAGGCUUUAAUGCAGACUCGAAUGCCAACUUUAACGGAACUGGAUUGAUCCAGGCAUCAAAGAAUGGCAUCGUCGUGCUCAACUUUAACUACCGAGUUGGUCCGUAUGGGUUUCUGUCAGGUGCUGAGGUGUUAAAGGGCGGAAGUGUAAACAACGGGCUCAAAGAUCAAAUAAAAGUCUUGCAGUGGGUUCAGAGCCAUAUAAGCAAGUUUGGCGGUGAUCCUAAACAUGUGGUUAUCGGAGGUGAUAGCGCAGGAGCAGCAUCGAUCACUCUGCUUCUCUCGGCCUAUGGCGGAGAAGACCAAGGCCUCUUCCAUGCUGCAGCAGCAGAAUCACAAAGCUUCGCCACCAUGCUGACUGCCAAUGAGUCUCAAUUUGCAUAUAACAAUCUCGUGAUCCGCACUGGUUGCGCGAGCGAGGAGGACACCCUAUCAUGCUUACGCGAAUUGGAUACAGCAAGUUUACAGCGGCAGAACAUUGGCACCCCCCUCCCUGAUGCACAGAAGCCGCCCCUCUAUUUCUAUGCGCCUUCCAUUGAUGGCGACUUGGUCCCCGACUACACGUAUCGGCAAUUCUCCCAAGGGCAUUUCAUCAAAGUCCCUGUCAUCUUUGGUGAUGUGACAAAUGAAGGUACGACAUUUGUACCGAAGAGUAUUUCCAGCGUGGGCGAAGCCGAUACUUUUAUUCAAAGCCAGUUUCCGGCAAUCCGACUAGACCAGCUCGCCAAGAUCAACCAUUUAUAUCUCGCUAAGGACCAGACCAUCUCAUUUCCCAAUGCUGGUUUGUACUGGCGACCAACCAGCAACGCAUACGGCGAACUGCGCUACAACUGCCCCGGUAUCGCCAUGUCAACGGCAUUUUCACAAGCGGGAAUGAAGAGCUGGAACUAUCACUAUGCAGUUCAGGACCCUGAUUAUGAAGCCUCGGGGGAGGGCGUGUAUCAUGUGGUGGAAUUGAAUGCCAUCUGGGGCCCACAGUAUGUGUCUGGGACCCCGCCUACUUCAUACUUCACUUCGAACGCUGCUAUCAUCCCGGUAAUGCAAGGGUACUGGACAAGCUUCAUCAAGAGCUUCGAUCCCAAUCUCUAUCGCUACCCUGGAAGUCCAGAAUGGGAGACCUGGAGUGAUGAUGGCGAUAGCCACCGUCGGCUCUUCAUUAGGACGAACGACACCAAGAUGGAGAUGGUGCCACUGGACCAAAGGGCAAGAUGCGAUUACCUGAUCAGCAUCGGCAUUGCUUUGCAACAGUGA